AUGAAUAAAAAUAAAGAAUAGGGAAAGUAAACUUAAAAUGCUAAAGUAAACGAUUCUAAUUUGAAUAAAAAUAAAGAAUUGUAGAAGCUUGUUUAAAAUAAUAAGCAUUUUGAAUUUUUGCCUAGUGGUAAAAUUAAAUGCAUUUUAACACAUCAUGAAAUCUUACCAACUUUAUAAGAAUUUAACAAUUAUCUUAAUGGAAAAAGCUACAAAAAUGCAUAAGAAAAUGAUAUUGACUUUACAUAAUUUGAACCAUAUAUUGUAUAGCAUAAAUCUGAUAGGUAAAAAAAUAUAUUUAUAAAGUAGAAAUAAAUUAUUUUGUAAUUUAACUAGAUAGAAUAUAAGCAAAAAGAAAUCUGUUGUCCUUAAACAUGUAAAUGGAAAGAGAUACAAAUAUUAUUUAUCAAGUAAUCUAUAAAAAUCUAAAUUUUCUAGAGUAUUUAGAGGAAUAAGCCAAAGAAGAAUAAGAAAAUCAAGAGGAUAAUUAAGAAGAUUAAGUGUAAAAUGAAUUAGAAGAAUUGAAUAAUUUAAUAAAUGAAGAGGAAGAAGAAGUUUAAGCUAAGAAAUAAAAAAGUGGAAUUCUAAAAGGAGGAAAGAAAAUAAAUAAAAAGAAAGUUAAACCAUAAUAAGAAGUAUAAAUAGAAAUUGAGAAGCCAAUCUCAUAAAAAUAGAAAGAAUAAUAAGGAUUAGAGAGAAAAUAAGUGAAAAAGCUAAAAAGCAAAAAGUAGAAUGUAUAAGAAGAAUGAAU